UUGCAGAACAGACCCAAAGGAUUAAGCCAAGUCGAAAACCACCCAUUUUGCAGAACAAACACAAGACAAGAGAGAGUGAGGCAGAAGACUGGUCAUAAUGAUUAUAAAAGGGUUGUUCAGAAGAUAUGAAAGAUGGAACCCUGUGCAUCCGACAUAUGGAGCGUUUUCGGGUAUGGGGAUAGGGAUUGGUUGUGGAGUUGGAUGGGGUCCCGGUUUUGGCCCUGAUGUGAUCGGUUACGUUGGAGCUGGCUGUGGUGUUGGAUUUAGUGUGGGCUUCACUCUAGCUGGUUUUGGUGUUGGUCUUCCUGCAAAUUAUCUCUUUGCAGUUCCUUACAAUGCCUUUAUGGCAGCAAGAAGUGGUGCACUGGACAUUGCGAAAUCGAAUGGUUUCUUUUCCUCAAAGAAUGUUGCUAGAGAUGGCUGGACUAUAACUGUACCUCACAUCUCAGAUCUGCAAAGAGAAGCUAGUGGAAGAUUGACUAGUUUUAAGCAAAAAUUGCUCUUGGAAGAAGGAUUAAAUUCAUUUGAUGUGAAGAGCUUGCUGCCUCUCCACAGUAAAUCUGUUUGGGCAAGUUUAAGGGAAUUUCACAAAAACUUUUUCAAGGGUGACAAAGGUUCCGAAGAUUAGCACUGUUCGAAGGCGUUCUUAUUUAUUUGGUGAAUAUAUGGUGAGAUCUGUGAACAUAUUCUCAUACGUUUCUCAUUCUAAAGGAAAAUUUUGUUUACUGCAAAAGAUUUCGUAUUGUUGGCCUAUUAUAAUGAUUAUACUUUAGCAACCAGAGAUAAUUCGAUGUAACAACCAGAGAGAAACUCCUAAUUUUAUAGCAUGUUUAAAGUUCUGGAAAGGCAAAUGUUUAAUGCCAAAUAUAAGUGUCUUGUUUAAAUCUGUGUAAAGUCCUGAUAUAGAUUA